GUCUAAGGAAAGAUGGCGGAAGGAGGAGCGGCUGAUCUGGAUACCCAAAGAGGAGAGGUCGCGACACUGUUGAAAACACAACUAAGAAAGGGAGACACUUGGUACCUAGUGGACAGUCACUGGUUCAAACAGUGGAAGAAAUAUGUGGGAUUUGACAGCUGGGACAAAUACCAGAUGGGAGACCAGAAUGUCUACCCAGGACCGGUUGAUAACUCUGGUCUUCUCAAAGAUGGGGAUGUGCUCGCCAUCAAGGAACACCUCAUUGAUGAGCUUGACUACAUUCUGGUCCCAACAGAAGGCUGGAAUAAACUCGUCAGCUGGUAUGGACUCACAGAGGGUCAGGAGCCAAUCGCGCGCAAGGUGGUUGAACAGGGUAUGUUUGUGAAGCACUGCAAGGUAGAAGUGUACCUGACCGAGCUGAAGCUCUGUGAAGACAGCAAUAUGGACAAUGUGAUCACCAAACGCUUCAGUAAAGCUGACACAAUAGAUAUGAUUGAGAAGGAAAUGAGGAAGCUGUUCAGCAUCCCUGAUGAGAAGGAGACCAGGCUGUGGAACAGGUACAUGAGCAACACCUUUGAGCCUCUCAACAAACCUGACAGCACCAUCCAAGAUGCCGGCCUCUACCAAGGACAGGUUCUCGUAAUAGAGCAGAAGAGCGAGGAUGGCACAUGGCCCCGAGGCUCCACGGCACCCAAGUCAUCUGGUGCUUCCAAUCUCUCUGCUUUGCCAAAGAUCUCGCCUUCAUCUCUCACAAACAAUCAUAACAGCAGCUUCAACAGCAGGAAUGUGAAGAAUUCGAGCUAUAGUCUACCAUCCUACCACCCUUACAGCAACAGUUAUGACUACUCGGACCAGAGCAGGCAGAGCGAGCGCUCAGGCUUGUGUGGACUCUCAAACCUGGGCAACACCUGUUUCAUGAACUCUGCUGUGCAGUGUUUAAGCAAUACCCCUCCGCUGACGGAGUACUUCCUCAAAGACAAGUACACAGAUGAGCUGAAUGAGGACAAUCCACUGGGCAUGAAGGGGGAGAUUGCCAAAGCCUACGCGGAGCUUAUUAAACAGCUGUGGUCAGGCAAAUACAGCUACGUCACCCCGAGGCCUUUCAAGACACAGGUGGGCCGCUUUGCUCCCCAGUUCUCGGGCUACCAGCAGCAGGACUCUCAUGAGCUUCUGGCUUUCCUUUUGGAUGGCCUACAUGAGGACUUGAACCGCAUCAGAAAGAAGCCCUACAUUCAGCUCAAGGAUGCAAAUGGUCGGCCUGAUAAGGUUGUGGCAGAGGAGGCGUGGGAGAACCACAUUAAGAGAAAUGACUCCAUUAUUGUGGACAUCUUCCACGGUCUUUUCAAGUCGACUCUGGUGUGUCCUGUGUGCUCGAAGGUCUCUGUGACCUUUGAUCCUUUCUGCUACUUGACCCUGCCACUGCCCAUGAAGAAGGAACGGACACUAGAAGUUUAUUUAGUCAGACUGGACCCUCUGGCCAAACCCACACAGUACAAACUAACUGUGCCGAAAGUGGGCUACAUUUCUGACCUGUGUACCUCCCUGUCCAACCUGUCAGGCGUGCCUGCUGAAAAGAUGAUUGUAACUGACAUCUAUAACCACCGUUUCCACCGGAUCUUCGCCACCAAUGAAAACCUCAGCAGCAUUAUGGAGAGAGAUGAUAUUUAUGUCUUUGAGGUGGCGGUGAACAGAGUGGAGGACACAGACCACGUAGUGAUCCCAGUGCACUUGAGAGAAAAGUACAAGCAGUCAGGAUAUAACCACACGAGCACGCCGCUGUUUGGACAACCCUUCCUCAUCGCUGUCCCCAGAACCCUCAGUGAAGACAAGCUCUACAACAUGCUGCUCCAGCGCCUCUGUCGGUUUGUGCGAUCUUCUGUAGAGGAAGAAGAGGACGACUGUGAAGAGACACAGCCAUCUAAACAACACACUGUUAAUGGUAAUGCCACUAAUGGACUGUUGGAGGAGGGGUCACCGAGUGAGAUGGAGACCGAUGAGCAGGACGACGAGUCCAGCCAGGAUCAGGAGCUGCCCUCUGAAAACGACAACAGCCAGUCGGAGGACUCUGUCGGUGGGGACAAUGAGCUUGAGAACGGUGUGGUCGGCCCACAGAAUUCCACCAAAGGCCAGCAGACGUCCGGACACAGCAGGAAGAGACUUUUUACAUUCCAGUUCAAUAACAUGGGAAAAACUGACUUCUCACUCAUCAAGGAGGACACCAGGCAGAUCCGCUUUGACGAGGGACACCUCCGACUUAGUGACCGCUCUUAUCUCUCCUUGGACUGGGAACCAGAAAUCAAGAAGAAGUAUUUUGACGAGACUGUUGUUGAGGACUGUGACAAGCACGAGAGCAUGGAGUACAAACCUCAAAAAAAGGCUUUCUUCAAGCUGAAGGACUGCAUCGAACUGUUCACCACAAAGGAAAAACUGGGGGCAGAGGACCCUUGGUACUGUCCCAACUGUAAGCAGCACCAGCAGGCCACAAAGAAGCUGGACCUGUGGUCUCUGCCACCAGUGCUGGUGGUCCAUCUUAAACGCUUCUCAUACAGUCGCUACAUGAGGGAUAAACUGGACUCACUUGUUGACUUCCCGCUCAGAGAUCUGGACAUGUCUGAAUUCCUGAUCAACCCCAAUGCCGGGCCCUGUCGCUACGACCUCAUUGCUGUGUCCAACCACUAUGGUGGGAUGGGAGGGGGCCACUAUACUGGUUAUGCUAAAAACAAAGACGAUGGAAAGUGGUACAACUUUGAUGACAGCAGCGUUUCUCCUGCCAGCGAAGAUCAAAUAGUGUCCAAAGCAGCCUAUGUGCUGUUCUACCAGCGCCAGGACACAGUGAAAGGCACCGGCUACUUUGCUCUCGACCGAGAGGAGGAGGAAGAGGAGGAGGAAGAUGAAGAAGAGGAAGGGGAGGAUGAGGAGGGCGAGGAGAGGAGGGAGAGAAAAACCGCCUUGUCCGCUCAGGGAGGCUUGUCUGCUGCCGCUGCCGCCGCUGUUCAAAGCGACGACGAGGACCCUAAUGAGAACCAGUGCAGGAAGAACGACGAAGAGCAGGAAGACGAGGAGGAAGAGGAGGCAGCGGAACAGCCGCCCAAUCGAGACGUCGCCAUGAAAACCAACUGAGGGAAACGAGGACAUGAAUAUAUAUAGAGAGAAUGGGAUCUUUCCAUCCAAAGCCAUACGGACACACGGCGUGACAGCGGGCGCCACUGGUCCCACCCAGCGGCUCGGACUUAGCUGCUCGACAGGAAGAACCACUGCGGAGACAUCAGCUGUUGGGUCAGGGGGCUACAGGGGUACGCAACUCUAAGAAAUCAGGGCCCUCCUCUGUGGUUGGAUCACUGUGUGUGUUUGUGUGUGUGUGCGUGUGUGGCCACGUUCGUUUGUUUAGAAUUUGCUCACUUGCUCUCUGAGAAGAGUCACUAAACAGCCGGGAUCUUUGUUUUUUUGUUUUUUUUUUUUUUUACAGCUUUGAAUCUCAGUUUUAUUAUUUUUUUAAAGUACAUAUCUUUAAGAGGAAUGCAUUUUUGGCAUAUCAUUUUAGCAUCAUCGUUUAGAUUUUGUAAAUAUUUUAAACACUGAAUUGUACCGAGUUUUCAUGAUGCGCUGAAACAUUUUUGAACUUGCACAAUCACCAACCAUCCGCCCCGCUUUUCUUUCCUUUUUUUUUUAAAUUUUAAAUGUAUCGAUGCCAGACAUACUGCAACUUUGUGUCAGAGUUUUCUCACAUACAGAGCUUAGGAAGCUGCCUUUAGAAAGCCAGUGCUGAGACGCCACUACACUAAGAAAUAAUGUUGAGAACUGACAGUCGUUGCUGUGUGGGUUUUUUUCUUUUUUUAAAUAGCCAUCCAGCCGAGCUAGCUCUGUCAUGCUGCUGCGAUCUUAGAUUUUUACACAUGAUUAACAUACUGGCAUGAGCCUUGGAGAACUUAAGAUCCUGCUUUUGCUCUGUCUAUAGUCCUCUCUGUUUAUAAUUCUUCAGUAAAGCAGGACUGAGAUAUUGCGUGGCUAACUUUACAAAGAAAGCACACUGCAUCUCUCCAUAUUUUAAAUAUUAGGAAAUGCUCUUUUAGAAGUUUAUAUCCGGAAGUCAAACCUAUAUGUAGUGAAGUGGUGUUUAAGGAGUUAGCAGAGAUUCUUUACUCCUCUUCACCCGCUCCUGAAGUUGUACUUCAUUAGAUGGUAUUUAAAGCUUUAUUGUGGCUACGUUCUUAAGAUUUUAGGCACUUUGAGAUUAGGGACAUCGGUGAUUUCAUUGUCUCCUGUUUGAAUCGCCUCGGCCUUAACUCUUAAUCUCAGACCAGUCGCCUUUUCUUUGCACACGGCCGUCACACCAUCUCUCGAUAUUAUGCGAGCACUCGUCUAUGAAUGUCCAUGUUACUUGCUUGAUAUCUCCCAGCCACGUCACACCAGUUUCUUUUAACCCACAAGAGGGCCAGAAUGUAUGCUGAAUGAACCAGACCACAUGUAUGUGACUGAUGCCUUUUAAGUCAUCCUUUCUUUCUUUCACUUCUCCCCAUGGCCCUUUCGAGUUUGAAAGGUGAUGGAAAUGGGUGUUCUUUGCAUUUUAUAUUACCUGUAUGAAUUUCAUGGGUAUUAGCUGAAUGCGUCCCUUUUUUGUGGUCCUGAGCUUUGAGGAGGAGAGAGGGAGACAAAACUUAAAAAAACAAAAACAAAAAAACAUUUUGGGGUGAGUGUGCCUAAAAGGCCUUUCAGCUUCUCGGGAUCAUGAUACAGUGAAAAUAUUUUGUGGCACAUCGUUGGCAGGAUAUUCCUCCAUCGACGUAACUCGCGGUAAAACUCUAUUCUCCAUGGUGGAGUGCGAUGUUUUCUUUUCUACCUGCUCUUUCCAUUGUAAACAGCAUUAGCGGAUCUGUUGUUGCCUCAGAAUAUUAGAUGUGUAACAUGCCUUUAAGAGCAUCUCUGUGCUUCGACUUCAGGUGGCUUUACCGCCUCAGUGCUGCCUUGCUUUUUGGGCAACUCACCCCAUCCUGAGUGAGAUGUGAUUGCUACUAUAGGCUUAUACAAUACUGUACAUAAGAGUUCACUCUGUGAGUGCACAUUUGAUAAAAUUUAUUUAUUUAUAUGUAAGCAUUUAAUAAUAAACAAUAUAUUUAAAACCUUGGCAAGACGUGAAAUGUCGGGGGUAACGUGGCUCGAGUCCACACAUACACACUAGUUUGCAGAGUCUUGCCUGUGCUCUCGUCAGGGAGGGAAUAUUUUUUAAACAAAGGAUGAUUCUGUUUUGGGACUUUUUUUGUAAAGAUAAUCCAGACAUCCUUGCAUGAUGAUGUAUGGGGUGAGGGUGGGGGUGGGGAGUUACCAGGUUUGGCUGCACUUGAGUUCACUUGGGUUUACAUUUGAAAUGUGCAUGUGUAUUUAUACACAAUCUUCAAUAAAGUUGUGUAAAGCUUCCUGUG